CUAGAAGUAUUUAUGUGCAUUGGAAAUGCAGACAACUGUGUGAACUGAACUCAUGAAGUCAACUGAUAGAGCUCCCAAUGGCCAAAGACAGAAAAAUGUGGGCUUCAGAAAAAGGAGUACUGAUUAGAAUUAUAAAAUAAAUAUAAGUAGAUAUAUACUAAAAUAAAGGAGUAAAUAAAUAGAAAAGUAGGUAAAUAUUCCCAGGAGAAUUCUGAAAAUGUCUUCACAGUGUCUACAUACAACCCAAUCCUUUCCUUGCGAUGCAUAUAUUGGGCUUCUUCCAAAGAGUACAGUUUGGAAAUGGGGAGGGGGGAGAAUAACUUUUCACUAAAUAAACUUUUAAACCCUAUCUCAGCUAGUUGAUUAACAUAAACAGUGAGAACCCAUAUUGAUAAUAUAUACCCUCAAAAAGGUGAUGAGACUGACAAUUUAUCUCAACAGUCUUCUUCCAAAAACCUAUAACCCAUGUAUACUAAUGAAAAGAAUAGCAGACUAUUCAAAUUUGGGAAUAUUCUACAAAAUAUUUGACCAUUAUUUUUUCAAAACUUUCAGUCAUCAAAAAUAAAGAGUAAGAAACAUUACAACUAAGGAUAUGAAUAUGAGAGCUAAAUGUAUUGUGGUAUUCUAUAUGGGAUCCUCAAAGAAAAGAUAUUAGGUAAAAACUGAGGAUCUUUCAAUAUAGACUUUAAUUAACAGUAAUGUGUCAAUAUUAAUUCAGUAAUUUUGGUAUAUGUAUCAUAUUAACCUAAUGAGAAUUUUUUGUACUAUUUUUAUAAUUUUGCUACAAAUACAGAACUAUGACAAAAAGCAUUUCAUGUACGACAGAGAGGUCCCUUCCCUUUUUAAACCAUAUCCUUUGUGGUUUUAGAGUGGUAAGCUUUGUUUCAACAAGACAUUUUGUAGGCACUGGUUGUUUUUGUCAAAUAAUGUCUCUAUUUCCACCUCAUUCAAAAAUGGAUUUUUCCAUUUAUGGAAUGGUUGGACAAAACACAGAAAGAUCUAUACUUCAGAAGCCAAGAAAACAUUCCUAUCAUUGCCAUCACAAGUGGACAUAUAAAGAUUACCCAGAGUGUCCAAAGUGGCAUCAGACUGCUCUGAGACUGAUGGGCAUUGUACUUGUUAUAUUGGUGACCACAGUGAUAGGACUAAUCAUUCGGGUAAGUCAACAAAACAUGCAUUCCUUCAGUGAUAACCACAGUGAGCAGAUAUUUAGUAAUGAAAAUGGAACCAAAUAUUGCAAUUGUAUGAAUACUUCUCCUAGAAAACAGCUGAACAAUGCAAACUCCGAAGCAAACUUAUGCCCUGAAGAUUGGCUACACAAAAAAGGGAAAUGUUAUAAAUUUUUCAUGAAUUUCAAAUCAUGGAUUGAUAGCCAAAACUCAUGUUCUCUGAAAAAGUCACAUCUCUUGGUGAUACAAGACAAGGCAGAGCUGGAAUUCAUACAGAGUAAUAUACAAGUUGGAAACCACUUUUGGAUUGGGUUAAACAUUACCCACCCACAGAAGACAUGGACCUGGGUGGAUGGCACACCAUUAAAUCUACAGUUAUUUCAAGUCACAGGCCAGAUUAAAGAGAAUGCCUGUGCUCUGAUAACAAAUAAGGGUGUUUUUUCUGAAAAGUGUUUGAUGGAAAGUUUCUGGAUUUGUCAAGAAGUGAUUUCUUCAUCCACAGCAGGCAAUCUCUGAAUUGAUCAUAGGUCACCAGUUAAAUGUCAUUUGGAGGAAAUACUUCCUUGAACAACUGAUGUUAUGGAAUGGAUGUAGCCAGCAGGUGUGUGAUAGAAGACUCAGGCAGAAUUCUGAGGAACAUCAGUCUGUAAGAGAACAGAAGAGGAAGCAGAAGCUGCAGAGUAAAUUGCAUAGGUUUCAUAUAUAUUUUUUACAGCUCCCUGCACAUACCUAAUUUUAACAGUCAACAUCCUAAUCAUUUUGGUUUUUGCUUGUUUAGUUGUUCGUAAUUCUUAAUGUGUCAUAAGCUUUCUAGACUCACUAAUCCUCAUCAUUGUGUAAAGCAAUGUACCUGAUGUAUAAUACUUGAAUAAAUACAUGUGGUGUCCAGCAUGUAUUUAAUAUGUUCUAAGACUCAUCCCAGAACAACUUCUAUUGGUUAUGCACGUAUUUGAGUACUGUCCACUUUCACAUAGGGAAAUAAACUGUUUUUUUUUGUUUUUGUUUUUUUAAGUAAAGGUUAAUGCUAAGUUUAAAUGGACUAAUAAAAUAAAAAUUUCUAGGUUA